GCGAAGGAUUGCUGUCCUUUUGCCCUCAUUUCGCAUCAUCCCCAUCGCCAAUACAAACAACUGCACCACUGCACAACACUGUCCUGCUGCACUGUGACGACUUGUGAUACGUACUAUGCUGAGCCGCGUUGCACGAGGUUGCCAUUCUUCAUUGCUCCAACUUGCUGACGCUACCACUGCUGCUCCUGUUCGCUCGCUCGCCGCCAAGCAACUUCUCCACCAACACCGCACCAUGGCUUCCCAAGUGAAGGUUGGCGACUCUCUUCCCGACAUCAAGGUGUCCGAGGGCCCAGGCAACGACUUUUCCAUUCGCUCGCUGUUCGACGGCAAGAAGGGCAUUCUGUUUGGUGUCCCUGGCGCCUUCACCCCUGGCUGCUCCCGCACGCACUUGCCAGGCUACGUCCAGCGCCACGACGACCUCAAGGCCAAGGGAUACGACGUCUUGGCGUGCGUUGCCGUGAACGACCCAUUUGUCAUGGAGGCGUGGGGCAAGGACCAGAAGGUGGACGGCAAGGUCCGCAUGCUCUCCGACACGUGCGCCGAGCUGACCAAGGCCCUGGGUCUUGAGCUGGACGCUGUGGAGCGUCUGGGCAACGUCCGCUGCCGCCGCUUUGCCCUCGUCAUCGACGACAACGUCGUCAAGGCUGCGCAGAUUGAAGAGGGCGGUGCCAUGACGUGCUCCCUCGCAGAGAACGUCAUCGACCUUCUCUAAACACACACGCGCGCACAUGAUGAAUGGGCUGGGGAGUGAUCAGCGGUGGAAUUAGAGCGCCAAUGCGACACGCAAUGCUUUGAUUGUCACCAUCGUCGUCAUCGUCACCCUCAUUGGCCUCAUUAGCCUGCAUGAAUGGCGUUGACAUCACACCAACCAUCACCCCUGUCUCAAGCUGCCCCUUUCGUGCCAGUCAGAGGUGCAAGUUUCGUUAUUCAUCUUCACACCACACGUCUGUGACAACCAAAGUAAACGAUAAAUGUUGCCGCGCGUGACAAGUGAAACGAUAUUAAAGACAUGUGCAAAGGGG